AUGCAGUCUUUGGACGAUGGAGAUGAGUUCCGGCUGCCAAUCGACCAUCGGAUCACGGAGAACCUCGACCGCGAAGGGCUGGAGAUGGCGUCGUUGGACAAGCCGAUCGCGUGCAGCAACGUGGGGUUCCAGCUGCUGCUGAAGAUGGGGUGGCGGGGGAAGGGACUCGGGAGGAAUGAACAAGGCAUAGUAGACCCGGUUCGCACGGAGAUGAGGGAUGCGCGGCUGGGGCUGGGCAAGCAGGAGGAGGAGGAGUGGUAUACGGCAGAGGAGAACGUGCAGCGAAAGAAGCUUGAGAUAGAAGUGGAGGAGACAGAGGAAAUUGCGAAGAAGAGAGAGGAGGUGGCGGAGAGGGUGGAGAAGAUCCGGGCAGAUGUGAAGGAGAUUCAGAAGGUGUUUCUGUGCGAGCUGUGCAACAAGCAGUACAAGCUGGCAAGCGAGAUGGAGAUGCACCUCAGCAGCUACGAUCAUAAUCACAGGAAGCGCUUCCAAGAGACCAAGAAGAUGCAGCAGCAGGGGGUGCGGGAUGAGAGGCAGCGGAGGGAGCAGCUGAGGGAGGAGAAGGAGCUUGCGAGAUACGCCAAGCUCGAGGAUGCGGAGGAGGAAGGAGGGGAGUGUAGGGGUGGGAGUGAGAGAGAGGAUACGGGGGAAGAGGUGGUGGUAUGUGAGGAUAUAGGGGAGUGGGAAGGGACGCAGGAGAGGGGGAGUGGGGGAGUGAGGGAGAUAGAGAGAGAAGACGAGGUGGUGUGUGAGGAAGAGGAUUGGGAAAACUCGGAGGCGAGUGUCAGUGGAGGAGAGAGUGAGGGAGUGAGUGAGGUAGUGCGAGAGGGGGUGCGAGAGAUAGUGCGUGGGGGAGUGAGGGAGGAGGGGGUGGUGGUGUGUGAGGAGUGUGUGGCAUGUGAGCUGGCAGUGAAGCAAAUGAGAGGAGGAAAAGUGUCCACGUGGCACAGAUUAACUGGCUUCUGGGGUUCGAAAAAGAAAAAUCUAGAUUCCUCGACUGGCCAGAUCAGCACGGGGAGCGAGCUGGUGAUGAAAGAGGAGAAGGAGAAUGUAGAACAAGGAGUGGGGAGGCGUGGAAAGGGGUGCUUGUGGAGUUUCCGGGGGCCCAGAGGAAGGAAGAAAGGGAGAGGGAGAGAGUUACCUGAAGAAUCACCUGAAACAUCUGAAACACCUGAAUCACCUGAGGAACAGGGCAACAGCGCUGAGCCUGUGUGUGGCAGAAGCAGAGAGGAGUACGCCGACCCAAAUAGCUCCGGUCGGACUGGGGCACCUGGUUUGGGCCAAACCGGGGGAGGAGGCUUGGAGCAGUGUGUGGGUGUGGGGGGCUUGAAACGGGUGGGUGAGCGAGAGAGCCUUGAGACUCCUCAUGAGGAGGAGGGGGGUUCACAGGGGAGAAAUUCGCAGCAGGGGGGUGAGGUUGUUCGGGCGGCGGAUGUAGAGGUAGAUGGGUUGGGAGAGGGAUCGGGAGAGGGUUUUGGGGAGGGAUUGGGGGUGGGAGAACGGCUGGAGGAGGGUCUACAGGGUAACUUGAUCUCCAACAGUGGGGUGCUCAUGCAGAUGUAUCCGGAGCUUCCAGGAAGGUGCGAAGCUGUGGCAAGCCCCGAUUACCCUAUUGGGGGAGGGAGCAGAGGACGGGGUGUUGGUGCUGAUGCUACUUGUGCCAGUGGUGCCAAGGCUGACAUGGCAGCGAGGAGCGGUGCCGAUGUUGCUGACAUGGCAGCAUGCAGCGGUGGUGCUAAUGCUGCUUCCACGGCAGCUCAAGGUCUUGCUGCUGCUGAUGCUGCUGGUGCCCGUGGUGCCGCCGAUGCUUCUUCCGCAGCACCAGGAGGUGGUGCUAUUGCCCCUCUCCCUUCUCGACCCCCGCGGCUGCUGGCGGUGCUGAGUGUGGAUGGAGGGGGAGUGAGGGACGCCAUUCCCACGCAGAUCUGCGUUCGUCUUGAAGAGAUGCUGCAGGAGCGGUGCGGCGAUCCCAACGUGCGCCUGGCAGACUUCUUUGACCUCUUUGCUGGCACCAGCGGCGGCGGUCUGCUUGCCCUCAUGCUCACAGCGCCCCACAGGGCAACGGGGCGGCCAGCCAUCAGGGCUCAGGACGUGGCAGACUUCUGGACCCUUCACUCCCAGCACAUCUUCCAACGGCGAUUCUGGCCGCGAUGGGCUGCCACCCUGCGCAACAUAUGGCGCCCCAAGUACAAGGUGGAGGUCUUGGAGCAGCUUCUGCGUCAUUUCCCCAGGCAGCACUGUGGCGCGGCGGACCUCUCCCUAUCAGAGGCCGUCAAGCCCCUCCUGCUGACGUCAUAUGACAUCAGCGCCGCCCGGCCGUACUUCUUCCUCAGCCUGCGGGCUUUGUCCGACUCGAGCCACGACUUCCCGCUUAUACAGGCAUGCAGAGCCACGUCAGCAGCUCCCAGCAUCUUCAUGCCGGCACUCGUUCGAUCGGUGGAUGGGCGGAGGGAGAUGGUGUGCGUUGAUGGGGGCAUGGUGGCUAAUAACCCCACUGUGGCAGCAUUCCUUCACAUCGUCGCGAACCCAUCCACCUUCAAACCUCCUGGAGAAAACAGUGAAAACGUUGCAAGCAACAGUGCAGACACUACCGAUGUUGGGGAACUGCGACGAGCGGAAAUCAUGCCAUCAUCUGCAGCAGCGACUGAGGCCCUUCAUGCCUCAACUUCUGCUCCAGUUGCUGCCGCAGAUAACCUUUCGCAGGCAGCAGCAGCAGACACGAGUGCAGGGAAUCUGCACGGAGAAAUCUCACCUGCAGCACCAUCUGGCGAUGCGAGCUGUUUGCUGGCUGGAGAUAUGGAAGAGGCAGCAGAGCAGGGUGUGAACCCACUGCUCCAUGAUGCGAUGCAGAAGAAAAGAGGAGCGAAGGGGGCGCUGGCUGGUGCAGCAUCUGCUGAUGCGGCCUGCCUGUUAGCUGGAGACCUGGAGCAGGCGGCAGAGUUGAGUGCGAGUCCGCUGCUUCAUAGUGCUUUGGUAGAGAGUAAAGGGAAAGAGGUAGGGGUGGAUAGGGAGGCGAGGGAAGCAGGGGCAGGCAGCAGGGGUGUAGAAAAAGGUGUGGGAAGAGGGGGAGGGGAAGCAGGAGCAGGAAGAGGAGGGGAGGGAGUAGCAGAGAGAAGGGGGAUGGAAGGAGGAGGGGAGGGAGGAGCAGGAACAGGGGGAGAGGAAGCAGCGGGAAGCAGCGAGCUUUGUGGGGAGCCUCUGUCUCAAGCUCGGCUGACGUUCCGCGAUGUGGUGGUGCUGUCGCUGGGAGCAGGCGAGCACAUGCGGCGAUACUCCAUUGAUGAUGUCAAGAAAUGGGGACUGAUUGGGUGGGCAGAGCCGAUGGUGGAUGUGAUGGUGUGGGGUGGAGGCAACAUGGUGCAUGCUCAGAUGUGCCUCCUUGCUCUGGCGGAUGGGGCUAUUGACAACUACACACGCAUUGAGGUGCAAUCCCUGCCGUCCAUCUCGACCAGGAUGGACAACGCAUCACGGAGGAACAUCCAGCUGCUGCAGCGAGUGGCAGAGGACGCUCUUAAAGCCCACGGCAACGUCGUCCCCUCGCUGGCGGGGGACGUCUGCCAGCUGGCGCUCACCAAUGAGGAGCGGCUCGCUGCGCUGGCAGAUAGGCUGGUAGCGGAGUACAGGUGGCGGCGUGGGAUUGGAGGCUGA